AUGAAGCCUCCUGUGUUUUAUGGUACUAAGUCGGAGGACGCAUAUGAGUUCAUCAUCGACUGUCAUGAGAGGCUCCAUAAGAUGGAGGCUGUGGAUAAGUACGGGGUAGAGUUUGUGACCUUCCAGUUCUUGGACAAGUACGUUUCACGUACUCUGAGGGACCGAAGGAAGGAUGAGUUCGCUACUAUUGGUCAGGGGAACUCGUCUGUUGCUGUGUAUGAGUCCCGUUUCCACUCCCUUUCUAGUUAUGCUCUUCAGUUGCUACCCACUAAAGGGGAAAAGAUACGGCGGUUCGUGAAGGGGUUGAACACCGGACUGCAGUUAUCAGCUCUUCAGCUUGUAGCCACUAGGGCUUUAUUUCAGGAGAUAGUGGAGCAUGUCUGUAUCGUUGAGGGGAUUAAGCAUGAGAGUUAUACAAAGAAGCUAGUAGAUAAAAGUUGUUUAGCUUAUCUGGCACACAUCCAUGAUACCAGUGCAGAUACUUCAUCCCUUGAUUCAGUUCCAGUGGUACGGGAGUUUGCGGAUGUGUUCCCCGCGGACUUACCUGGUAUGCCACCGGAUCGUGAUAUUGAUUUCGGAAUUGACUUAGACCUAAGGACUCGUCCUAUCUCCAUCACACCUUAUAGGAUGGCACCAGCAGAACUCAGAGAACUGAAAGAGCAGUUGCAAGAUCUUCUGAGAUACCAUCAGUUGAAGAUUCGGGCAGAGGAUGUUCCUAAAAUCGCUUUUCGGACCAGGAGCAAUGAAGAGCAUGAGAAACAUUUGAUAAGUGCUCUUGGAGUAUUGCGAGAGAAGGAAUUGUAUGCUCAAUUCUCCAACUGUAAAUUCUGGUUGUCUUCUGUGUCUUUCUUGGGGCAUGUUAUUUCGAAAGAGGGUAUUAUGGUCGAUCCUCAAAAAAUUUAG